ACAGCAUCUCCUUUUCUUGUUGAAUAAAGUUCAAAGAAAACCACCUCAUUAUUCUUUACCACACCCAGAAUCUAUUCCACCUCCACCACCACCUAUCUCUCUCUCUCUCUGGACUUUGCCUUCGCCAAAAAAAAAAAAAUAUAUAUAUAUAUAUAUAUAUUCUUUUCCAGAGAAAAAAAUAUAUAUAUAUUUUUCUUCUGAUUUGAUCUUGUUGGUUAUUUCUCCAAAAAAAAAAAAAAAAAAAAGCUCAAUUUUUUUUUUUUUUCCGUAUGUUAAUCUAUGGAUACUUCAGCUCCCGUACUUUCCGGGAGUUUAGCAAUCCCGGUGGAUCUGUUCGUGUCCCUUAAACAUGCUGAUUUGGGCUUCGUUGAUUCCAAUGGUGAUGUGGUUUACAAGGUCAAACGUCGUUCCUCUUCUCAAUCGUCAUCCCAUGACCGAAUUUUGCUUGACGCAGCUGGAAUUCCUCUCAUUUCUAUGUCUCCUGACGAUAAGGGAUGUUGGAAAGGCUUUAAGGGGAAUGGUGGGGAUGAGUUGAUAUUCAGAGUGCAGAAGAUAAAGAAUACACUUACUAGGACUGAGUUAAAGAUAUUUCUUGCUGGUGAAAAUUUGGGAGACAACACCUCUGAUUUCAAUGUGAGAGGUUGCCCUUUCAUGAGAGCCUGCACCAUCUAUAGAGGCAAUAACAUAGUGGCCCAGACUAGUCUGAUGUACAAACUGAACCAGGUUUUCGUUAAGAGGAGUAAAUUUAGAUUGACCAUUUUUCCAGGGUCUGUUGAUCAUGCUUUAAUUGCAGCUCUGGUUGUAAUAUUUCUUAAAGGAUGAAGAUAAUACAGCUAAGAAUUAACUUUGAAUGACCAAUUUUUCCACAGAAAGAAAGAAAUAAAAAUAUAUGAAUUUGAGAGUUGUAUAGGGACGACCAAUCUAAGGCUGUGCCAAAUUGAUUAUGCAUCAUAUGUUUGCUUUGUAUU